CAAAAACUUGAGUUUGAAUUUAGCCAAUGCACAUGAGAGAACAUUUUAAUUUCAGAGAUCGCUGGUAACUUAACUUUUACUCUCUCUCUUUUUCGCGAUACCGCAUAAUGACUAUACCAAAAUGUCAUCCAAAAGACAUUAAUUUCAAGAUUAAUGGUGAUAUCGAUGUACCAAUUUCACGCUUUUUUAGGGAAGUUCCCGCACGCGACUGGUGCUUUCCAAACUACUGCGAAUGGCAUCGAAAUACGUCUUCAACUCUCAAAGUGAACCGACUGAACCUCAACUACCGAUCUAGCUUGGCGAUUAUAAAAGAAGACAAGCGCAUACCUCCUACUAUAAAAUCGUUUGUUGGAUACUUAUUGGCUACGCAGGGAAAACACGAACUGGAUAAUACGCCAACAAACAUUUAUCAAAACAGUCUUGUAGGAUGUCAUGUGGAUACAUUUAAUCAGACAAAUUACCAAACUCAAACUAAUGAUGCUCAAUCACCGCGAUCUCUGGAAGAUGGCAUAAUAAAAGAUAUACCGAACGUUAUUUCGGAUGGGUAUGAUGAUUUAGCUCCUGAAGCUGAACCAUGUCAACAUGUAGAUGGUCCACCCAAUUCUGAUGAAGAUGACGCUGAUAAUGAUUUUGUGGACGGCAUUCUACCUUGUGAAAAAGAAUCUGCUGUUGCCCAUGUGGAAUCUGAGUUACUUCGCCCUUUGUAUGGCUAUGUCUAUUCUUUGUUUAAGGGGGAGGAACCUGACCUACAACAUUUGAAAUUGAUCGAUGAAACGUCAUUACAAGCCAAAAUCUACAAUCAUUGCGUAACAGUUAUGAAGGAUUUCAAGAAAUUGGACCGAUGUGGCAAAUCAUUUUUAAGUGUCUUUUUAUCUGGAAUGAUCAACACCAUCAGUGUGCAACAUCGCCCUUGUGUAAUGAGUUGCUUGUCUAGAAACGUGCUCAAGUCAAUUUUAGAUACUUAUCCAAAGGAUGCAUUUAUUUUAUACCAAAAUCGUGAUGUAGAAUCAAUUGUCUUGAACCUGAAAGUGAUCUAUAUGAACGAAGGUAUUACUGGUGUCAGAAAGCUGAUCUUGAAGAAGAAACUGGAUGCAUAUGGAGCAGGCGUUGAUGUCAAAGGAUCAACGACGAUGGUAGUGUUAGAUAUUAUUGAUCAUGUACUAAAUAUGGUGGAGUAUUCAACUUGGAAAAAUGGACAAUCAGAAGCUGAAUACUUUGAUUAUUGGAAACCCAUUUUUAAAAUACUCUUUCGUGAUACACCGGCAGUAGAGUUGAAGACUGGGGAAACGGCCUGCACUGCUACCAAGUACGAUAGACAAGUGAAUGAACUGGAACAUGGAAACAUCAGAAAAAGCGUUGGUGGACGAAAGAUUGAUAUGCUUGUAUGCUCUGUCGAUGAUGAUGAUCUUUUUGAACUAACUUCUGCUGAAUUUAAGCCUAUGGGUGUAUCUGAAAUUACUGAAACUAUCCAACUAAACAAGAACUUAAGAAUCAACAAGAGUAUUUUGUCAAGAUUGGUCAAGCAUAUUGGUGAUCCAAACGUUGGCGUUAUAGGCAUGGAUAUUAUUGGUAAGCUACUAACGUUUUUGCCCCUCUUCUCUUUUAGAAAAUAAUCAAAUUCUCAUUUUUGGUUGUGCACUUUAUUAUGUAGGUCUGGCUGGUUACAUGUACUCAGUCAAAAUAUAUGAUAAUAUUGUUACAGCUGUCAAGCUCAUGGACGAUGAUUUAUUCCUGCCUUCAGAUAUAUUGGAAUUGGACGAUUGGAUGAAAAUUAAUACAUUGAUCCCAGCACUCU